CAGAUUUACUCAAGAUUCUAUCGUCCAAUGUGUUUCAUUGCAGAUACUUUUCUAAUAGAUCUGAUUUUUCAGCAUGGCAGAGAAUGAACUAUUGAGUGGAAUUGAGGAGUUUCUUUCUCCAGUAAAGCAUGAUCCCUCAGACAGAGAGUACACCCCACCACCAAGGCAGAAGAAGCAGAAGGUUAAGAGAAGGCCAACGCACAAAGCCAUUUGCCCCAAGAAUCCCAGCAGAAGACUCAUAUUUUCUUCUCAAGAUGAAGAAGAGCCUUCUCCACUUAGACAUUGCAAUAAGAAGAAAAGGAAGAUGAAAUGCAGGAAGAGCAGAGGGUCCAAGAAACAGAAGUUUACCGGUCGCGACGUCGAGGUUUCAGGAACCUGGGUCCAGUGUACCGACAAGGAGUGCAUGAAAUGGCGUUUCUUGUUGGACAUCACUGACCCGUCUCAUGUACCGGACGUCUGGACAUGUGAAAUGAAUUCAGAUACGUCACACAAUUCAUGCCUUCUACCAGAGCAAGACUACUCUACCCUGGACUUUGUUCACGCCAACUUUACAGAAGGCUCACUUGUAUGGGCAAAAAUGCAGGGAUUCCCAUGGUGGCCCGCUAUGAUUGAAGAAGAUCCCGAUUCUGAAUUGUGCCUAUAUCCAGAUCCAGUGACAGGAUAUGUGACCGACUACCAUGUUGUUUUUCUUGACAAGAAAGUCACAAGAUGCUGGGUCAAGGUUUCCAAUAUCCAGAAAUAUGAAGACGCAGCAUGUCCUGGUUCCAUGACCCUCAAAGGUCAUGAUUACUCACAGAAGAUAAAGGCAGCUAAAGAAAUAGCAGACGGGGCGCUGAAACUACCAAUUAAGGAGAGGAUCAAGACAUUUGGAUUCAGUGCACGCUUCAAGGGUCCCUGGGGUGAGGAGAAGGAAAGGACAAGCGAUGAAAGUCAACAUGCAGGUAAAGAAUAUCCUCCAAAGAUUUACUUAAAGAUAAAGUUGAGUUCUGAGCCACGCAAGAUGAAAUGCCCUAAACCAAAGAAGCGGGUCAUCGUAGGCCCCAAACCCAAGAAACGGGUCAUCGUCGACGAGGAUUCCAGCCUUCCCGGCUCACUCCUAAGCCACUCCGACAUGGAUGAUAUCCUGGAUGAGGCCGAAGCACUUCUAGGAGAGGUCCAGAACAUAGUCAUGGAGGUGGAGGAUGAGGUCCAAGAGAGCCUUCUUCAAGAGAUGGAGAUAGGUGAGAAAGGAUCACCAUCUAAGAAAAGGGAAGCAGACGGUUGCAAAGACGACGAACCACCUGCUAAAGAGAGAAAGGGGACAUCUAAGAAGAUGGAGGACAAGAGUUCAUCUAAACAUAAGACAGGGGGAGGAGAAAGAUCAGAGAAACCAUCGAAGGAGAAACAAACCUCUGAGAUGAAACUGUCCAAACAACUGGAAAGGAUUCAGAAGAAGAAGGAGGAAGAGAUGCGCAAGUUGGAACUAUUGGAAUUUGAAGUGAGAGAAAAGAUUGAGAGAAGAGAAAAGGAAAAGCAGGCAAAGAAGGACCUGAAAGCAAAGGGGAAGCAAGAGAGGGAGGAGAAAAAGCAGAGGGAAAAGGGGGAAGAACAGGAAAGGAAAGAUAGGGAGAAGCAAGAAGAGAAGGAAAAGUCCAAGCAAGAGAAGAAAGAAUUGAAGCAGAAGGAAAAGGAAGCUAAGAAGGAAUUAAAGAAGAAAGAGAAAGCCGAGAAGAAAGCUUUGAAAGGUGAUGCAGGAGAUGUCACUGAAGAUGUGGGAAAAGAAGAUGAUGCUGAAAAAGCUGCAAGGAAGGAGAAGAAACGCUUGGAAAAAGAAGAGAGGAAGAAAGUGAAGAAGGAGACAAAAGCGAAGAGAAAGGAGGAAAAGAAGAAAGAGGGCAAUGAUGGUAAAGUCACUGAUAAGAAAGAGAAAGGGGCAGGAAAGGUGAAACCUAGUUUCCAGAAAGCAAAGAAGCCAGUGUUCUCUGCACCAAAACGGAAAGCUGUAGAAGCAACCCCAGCGCUUCCAGAACAACCAACUCCUGCGGAAGAGUCUUCAGUCAGCAAAGAGAUAGGAGCGCUCAUCAAAGAGAUUGUUAAUGAGACAGACCAAACUACUAAAGUUGCCUUCGAGUCUUGUGUGACUUUCACUGAUGUCCCUGCAGAUACUUCUUCUGAUCUCCAAGUUACUCAGACAAGUCCUGCCAAGAGCAUCAAGAAACAGUUCAAGCCUAAAUUCAGCAUCAAAACCAAAGAUGGACACAGCCUUUCCGAGGCAAAUCUUCCCGAUUGUACAACAUCCUCAACCACCGCUCUUGCCAGUGGAGGUGGUCUGGAUGCUCUUGAUGAGGAGACGUCAGUCAACAUCAGCAAAAUCCUUGAGGUCAACACCAAACAGGACUGUUCGGAAACCUCAGAAGCAGAUCCAGCCAAAGAGAACAACAGCGAUCCUCUAGCAUUUCCUCUAUCUCAGAUGACGGGCAAGCAGCUGGAACUCCUGCCCAAGCCUGAGCACCAGGAAGACGCAAGUGAGCACCAAAGAGAUGCAAGUGAGCACCAGGAAGAUGCAAGUGAGCACCAACAAGACGCAAGUGACAAGCACCCUACCAACGCAGAGGAAGCUCCAAGGCAAGACUCCCAGCUCGGUAAAGCUCCAAAGAUUGAUGACGCCACCCUUGCUGAAACAACCAAACUCCUGAAGACACUGGACCCACCUGACAUCCUGGAGUGCAGCCCAGACCCAGCGGAUUGGUCCGAACCUGAUGAGCCUCAGACAGUUCCUGGGCAGAAGAGGGUGAUGGUCGCUACUGCUGCAGCAGCUAAUGGGAAUGAUAGCGAGGACUCUGAACCCUUUGACAUGGAAGAGUAAGUCUGUUUAAUCUAUAAAUACAGAGCUGCCAAAUAGUACCAAAUUUUCAGUAGUUUACACGGACAGUACUGAAUGUUUUAUACAAAAUUCUCUUUUGUGACGAUUGUAUUCAUGUAUUACAAAGUAUGUAUUUGAAAAAACUUGUUCCUUCAAACUUUUUAUUUUCUGCAAUGAAAAUUUCACCAGUGACAAAAAGAAAUUGUAGGUACAUGUAAGGAUUGUACGAUAAAAUAAUACUUCUGUUUUUAACUUGUUUUGGAUAGAACUUUUGAUUUGAAGUUGAUAAUACAGAAUGGCUCAUUGUGCAGGAAAAUUGGAAUACCUGUACAUUGAUGGUAAGUAAGCUUGAACAAUUUGUGUUCUCAUUUUCUAUGUAUUUUUUCUAUGUCGAGGAAUAAUA